UGGCAGGUGCUACCGCAUAAUAAUAAAACACGGAAAAAUUGCGCCUUAAGUUUUUGUCGAACGCGGCUAGGUACUCGGAAGUACCUAGGUAAGGAAACGCGGUUAACUUUUAACCGCGGUUAGAGUUAACCAGCUUCGAGCAAACGGGCCCAGUGCUCUUUUCUGGCGGCUAUGCGGAGUGGGCAAAGCAAUUGGACAUAAUACAGCAACAACUCGUUACGACAUUUCAGACUACCGAAGCGAUCCCCGCCGUGGAUAAUCACCUCCUGCACCUGUGGGAGGCACGCCGGAGUCUUACCAAAAGGUGGAAGAAGCAAAAGCUAAACCGCAAGCUUAAGGAUCGCAUUAACGAACUCACGGAGCAGGCUGCAGCGUAUGCUGCCCAGCUCACUGACUCAAAUUGGAUAGAAAAGUGUAAUUCGGCAGCGAGUCAGAUGAGCUCGAGAGGGACGUGGCGCCUCUUUCGCAGCCUCAUUGACCCCACUCAGACGAGAGGGGAGACGCAACGACAGCUCCGGCGGGCUUUGCACAGGUACCAAGGCACGACAGCUCAACUCGCCUUGUGUGACAGGUAUCUUCGUCACAUAGAGGACCCGAUUGGGCCCGAGUACGAAUACGCGGGAAGGCCUAAUCCAGACAUUGACGCCCCUUUUACGUUGCACGACCUUAGGGUGGCUUUAGCUCAGGUGCGCAGAGGUUUGGCUCCGGGCCGUGAUCGCAUAACAGUAACACUACUUACGAAUCUUCCGGACUCUGCUUACCUCCACUUGCUAGAGUACAUUAAUCAGACCUGGGAUGGGCGUCCACUCCCCCCCGACUGGAAGACCUCCCUGGUCACAUUCAUUCCUAAGCCAGCCAAGAAGGUAAAUACAGACAACCAGAGGCCCAUCUCA